AUGGCUUCGAUUGUGCGACCCUCCCUGCUUCGGCAAACCGCCAUGGCGGCCCGUAUGGCCCAGGCCGCCCCGAUCCGCUCCGCCUUUGUCAAGAACUCGACGAGAGCUGCGGCCUUCCACACCACAGCCAAGAGGGAACUGCUGCCCGUCGGACCUCUCAACAAGCCUGCCCCCGUUCCUCCCCCGAGUCCCGCUCACGGCUCCUACCACUGGACCUUCGACCGCAUCCUCGCUGCCGGCCUGGUCCCCGUCACCAUCGCCCCCUUCGCCGCCGGCUCCCUCAACCCGACCACCGACGCCAUCCUCUGCGCCAUGAUCCUCAUCCACUCCCACACCGGCUUCCAGAACAUCAUCAUCGACUACGUUCCUACCAAGCACUACCCCAAGUCGCGCAAGGCCACCAUGUGGGGCCUGAACCUGGCCACCGCCCUCGUCGGCCUCGGCCUGUACGAGUUCGAGACCAGCGACGUUGGUGUUACGGAGGCCGUCGCGCGUCUCUGGAAAGCGUAA